ACACGGGACAGUUUUAACGGAGACUAUAAAGAAAGGGAUCCACGAUGCGGACGCCGAGGCUCGCUCUGUGGCCAGAAAGUGUUACUGGAGCUUCCACGGUCACUUCAGGCGGGAGGCGGAGCAUCUGUUCCAGGGCCUGGAGUCGUCCUAUCAGAAAGCUCUGCAGGCUCACCUGAGGAGCGGAGACAGCCUGAUGUCGCUGCCGGCCUCCGACCGCUCCUCCUCGUCCUCCCAGGAGAGCCUCAAUCGACCGCUGUCUGUAAAAAACACUUUUGGAGGCGGGUCAGCGAGACCCAAAGCGGCCCACAGCAGGACGCCCUCUGCAGCCUCCUCUCCGGGCUCCCUGCAGCGCUCUCGCAGCGACGUGGACGUCAACGCGGCCGCCACUGCCACCGCCCGCACGAGGAUGCCCGCCGUGCCCUCUGCCAUGUCGACGGCGUCGCCCUUCAGCUCGGCGUCGGCGCUCCCCCCUGGAUCCUACGCCUCACUGGACGGCUCGUGGUCUGUUAGCGCAGACGGUCGAGUCCGAACCCGGAGGACGAGCGCAGGAAACGCUCCGUCCGUGACGGACAGCCGGGGGAGAAGUCGAGGGAAAGUCGUCUCUCAGUCUCAGCCCGGCAGCAGGUCAGGUUCCCCCGGCCGACUGCUGAGCUCGAACUACGGCCGGAUCCCGAGGCCGACCAUGGGCACCGCCGCAGCCGCCGCCGCCGCCAACAGCGCCUCCUCCAACCUGAGCGACAAAAGCCGACCCCGAGGUCAUCGCAGCCAGGGCUGCAGCCGAGAGACCAGCCCCACCAGAUCGGGCUCGGCCCGGAGCCGGAUCCCUCGGCCCAGCAUGAGUCAGGGCUGCAGCCGCGAAACCAGUCGCGAGAGCAGCCGCGACACCAGCCCCGCCAGGGGUUUCUCCCCCCUGGGUGAGUACUGAAACCCCCGAAAACCUCCACAGCAAAAACCUCAGACAGGAGAGCAGGAAACGCCUCACAGGAAGAGCUCCUUUAGAGUCUGUUAGCUUUGUGUCGGACAGCUUCAUGAAAUCUCUCCUCUUACUCUGCACAUCCGUCUGCCUCCAUCACUGUCCGCCUGGUUCUUUGCGUGCUCCGGUUAUAAAAAAUCCAGCUUCCUCUGUCUUCUACUCAACUAAUCCUC